AUGUCGUCGCCGCCGGCUCUGCACACACCGCUCACCAAGCUUUUGGGGAUCAAGUAUCCCAUCAUGCUGGCGGGCAUGGCUCGCACUUCAGGCGGCGCUUUGGCGGCAGCGGUGUCGAAUGCCGGUGGGAUAGGCACCAUUGGAGGACUGGGAUAUACUCCGAAGCAGUUACAAGAGAUCAUCGACGAAUUGAAAGCGAACCUGGCCGACCCAUCCCUCCCGUUCGGCGUCGACCUUGCCCUCCCCCAAGUCGGCGGGAGCGCGCGCAAGACGAACCACGACUACACGCACGGGCAGCUGGACGAGCUCAUCGAAGUGACGAUCAACAACGGCGCAAAGAUCUUCGUCAGCGCCGUGGGCGUGCCUCCCGCACGAACCAUCAAGCGACUGCACGAGGCCGGCAUCCUGGUCAUGAAUAUGGUCGGCGCGCCCAGACAUGCAGAGAAAGCCCUCCAGGCUGGCGUCGACAUUGUCUGCGCCCAAGGAACAGAGGGCGGCGGCCACACGGGCGACAUUGCGAACAGUAUUCUGAUCCCCGCGGUGGUGGACGUCGCGAAGCGAUAUAAGAGUCCCUUGACCGGCGAACCGGCGCUGGUCGUUGCCGCGGGGGGCAUUUAUGAUGGCCGCGGCCUCGCGAGCAGUCUGAUGCAAGGCGCCGUCGGGGUUUGGGUGGGCACGCGCUUCGUCGCCGCCGACGAGAGCGGCGCCAGCAACCUGCACAAGGAAGCCGUCGUGACAGCCGAGUUCUCAGAUACGGUGCGCACCCUGGUGGUGUCGGGCCGCCCGCUUCGCGCGCGCAUCAACGACUACUUGAAGAAAUGGGAGAGCCGGCCCGAGCGCAUCAGGGAGUUGACGGACAAGGGGAUUGUGCCCAUGCAAUACGAUCUGGAGCAGGAAGAGGAGAUCGACAUGCCCUUCCUCAUGGGUCAGGUGGCUGCCAUCAUCAAGGACGUCAAGCCCGCCAAGGAUAUAGUAGAGGACAUGGUUCGACAGGCCAUCGACAUGCUGAAGUUGGGGAACUCCUACAUCGAGGGACCUCGGAGUCGCCUAUGA